AUGGCUGAAGUAGAAACAAAAUAUAGAUCAUAUUGGGUAUCAUUUCUGAUCAUGUGGAUACCAUAUAUAGUCAUAUAUAUAGCAGGGUACUAUCUUUUUGAAUAUUAUAGCAAAUCCAUCUAAAACGAUCUGAUUAGAUUGCUUGUAGUAGAUUUGAUAGCAACUGUAAUAGUUUUUAUCUUUUCUUACAUAUUCGAUAAUUCCUCAAUCUAUGACCCUUACUGGAUGGUGCCUACUAUAGGAUUAGUCUUAUACUUAAAUGAGGUAUCCCCUAAUAGAAACUCUAUCAACAGUUUAUUGAUAAUGAGUCCUAUAAUUGCCUAUUCGAUUAAACACACUGUUUUCUAUUUUAGAUUCUGGCCAGGAUUAAAAUACGAAGAUUUUAGAUAUGUUGAAUUCAGCAAAAAAAUUUAAAGCAAAUUUGUUUAUUGGCUUUUCUCAUUUUUUGGUCUCCAUAUAAUGCCUACUUUAAUGAUAUAUUUUGCUAUAAUUCCCACUUAUUAUGCACUUAGAAUACCUGAUAGCUUUUAUUAAACAACACAAAAUUAGCUUUAAAUCUAUGGAGGUAUAGUUUUGAGCUGGUUAGGUCUCAUCUUCGAAACAAUAGCUGAUGAAUAAAUUCUUCCAUGGAGAAUUAAAAAAUCUAAAGAAAUUAUACUCGCAGGAUUAUGGAAAUAUUCAAGACACCCUAAUUAUUUUGGCGAUAUGUUUGUAUGGAUAGGUAUGUUCUUACCAUGUCUUGUUUAUGGAGAGGAAUAUUAUUGGACCUCUUUUGGAGCCAUUCUUAUCUUAGCUAUUAUGAAUUUUUACACUUUACCUGCUAUGGAACGUCACUUAAAAUCAUCUAGACCUGAAUAUGCUGAAUACUAAAAGCAUGUCUCAAGAAUGGUUCCUUGGUUUACUACAUAUACUCCCUCUAAAGAUUAAAAAAAUAAGUGA